AUGUCGCAUCUUAACUACGAGACCCGUCUCCCACUUGGACAAGCCACCAUCGAUCACUUCAUGGGACUUCCAGCCCAUCCAUCCAAGUGUCAGGCGACAUACGUUUGGAUCGAUGGAACCGGAGAACAACUUCGUGCCAAGACCCGUACAUUCGACGUGAAGCCAAAGUACGUUUCCGAGUACCCGGUCUGGAAUUACGAUGGAUCGUCGACAGGACAAGCCGAGGGUGACAACUCGGAUCGCUACUUGAGACCGGUCGCCGUGUUUCCUGAUCCGUUUUCGGGAGGACACAAUGUAUUGGUGAUGUGCGACACUUUGGAUAACGAGAUGAAGCCAACAGUCACCAAUCAUCGUCAAGCAUGUGCCGCCAUCAUGAAACAAGUUGCCGAUCAACACCCAUGGUUCGGAAUGGAGCAAGAAUACCUGAUUGUCGACAGAGACGAGCAUCCACUCGGAUGGCCGAAGCAUGGUUACCCAGCACCACAAGGAAAGUAUUACUGCGGUGUUGGCGCCGACCGUGCUUUCGGACGUGAAGUCGUCGAGACUCACUACCGCGCAUGCCUUCAUGCCGGUAUUAACAUCUUCGGUGCAAACGCGGAAGUAACUCCAGGACAAUGGGAAUACCAGAUUGGAACCUGCGAAGGAAUCGAUAUGGGAGAUCAGCUCUGGAUCUCCAGAUACAUUCUCCACCGUGUCGCUGAGAUGUUCGGAGUUUGUAUCUCGCUCGAUCCCAAGCCAAAAGUCACAAUGGGUGAUUGGAAUGGCGCUGGAUGUCACACAAACUUCUCCACGUCGGAAAUGCGCAAACCGAAUGGUCUCACAGCAAUCUUCGAAGCGAUGAAAGGGUUGGAGAAGACGCAUUUGGAGGCUAUGAAGGUGUACGAUCCAAACGGUGGACAAGACAACUUGCGUCGAUUGACAGGGCGUCACGAGACCAGCCAAGCUGAUAAGUUCUCGUGGGGAGUCGCCAAUCGGGCUUGCUCGAUUCGGAUCCCACGUCAAGUCGCUGACGAGGCCAAGGGAUACCUCGAAGACCGUCGCCCAUCAUCCAAUUGCGAUCCUUACCUCGUGACAGCAAUGAUUGCAACAAGUGUGCUGCUCAACUGA